AUGACUGAAGCUGGAAUCCAGACCAUGAUCUUCCUGCUGAUGGGCUGCACCAGGACUGAUGUUCUCUCUCUGGUCCCGACUGUUUUGAAGAUGAAUGCCUCUCUGGCGGAUCCCAGUCGCGACUCUCUGGCGCUGGCCGUGACCAAGAACGUGAUAGUGGUGGUCCUGGGCUUCACCGUCGGCUAUGUCAACGCCACCUUCGUUUACACCUUCUGCAAACACCAGGUCUUCUACACCAGCCCUCGCUACAUCCUCUUCAUCCACCUGGUUGUGAAUGACAUGCUGCAGGUGUACCUGUCCAUUGCCCUGUUCCUCAUCAGCUACACGCUCUACAAGAUCAACGUCUCCUUUUGCUGCACGCUGGUGCUGCUCGCUCUCUUCACCACAGAGAACACGCCGCUCAACCUGGCCUGCAUGGCGGUGGAGUGCUACAUCGCCAUCUGCCUGCCGCUGCACCACGUUCGGAUCUGCACGGUGAGGAGGACGUUGGUGCUGAUCAGCCUGAUCUGGGCCACCAGCCUGCUGUCUAUACUUCCUGAUCUCUUCCUCACGUUAGCGACUCAGCCCACGGCCUUCUUCUCCACAUCCAUCUUCUGUCUCAGAACCACCGUCUUCCCGCACCCACUCAUCAUCCUGAAGAGGGACGUCACCUAUUCUGUGCUGCUGGUCAUCGUGUGGGUCACGCUCUUCUAUUCGUACUUCAUGAUUCUCUUCACAGCCAAGUCAGCCAGCAGAGACACCAGGAAAGCCCGGAACACCAUCUUCCUGCACGGCUUCCAGCUGCUGCUCUGCAUGACCACCUAUGCCGCGCCCCAGCUGUCCAAGCUCCUGCGCUUCUGGUUUCCCCGACACUCCAGUCACAUCUUGUUUUGCGCCUACAUUGUCGUGUACAUCCUACCUCGUUCCAUCAGCCCGAUCGUCUACGGGCUCCGGGACAAAACCUUCAGGAGGCACCUGCUGGGCCACCUGCUGUGUAGGAUCAAGUAA